CAGACGCACAGCAUGGCUGAGAUUGAGCAAGUGGUGUUCGCAGACUCUCAGUGUGUCGAUCCUCAAGCGCCUAGGAGUCACGACGCUAUGUCAGAAGCCGACUGUAACAAUACCGCGAAAGAAAGUGCCAUUCAUGAGGAGAAUGGCGAUACUGCACAGUCCGCCAUAGGUGGAGGAAUGAAGGACCAGAAUAGUGGGUCAGGCAAGGAGCUGGCCAGUGUGACAUGUGCUGUACUUGAAACGUCCCCUGGAGCUUUACCACCAUCCACUGUUCAGAAAACUUCAGAGGUCUCGACAGGAGAGACCUCUCUCUCUACUCAUGCUGGCACAGAAGCCUCCAUUACAGAUGUGGCUGAGAGUUCAUUUCAAGCUGCAGGUCCCGAGUCCUGUAAAAACAUACAAGAGGAGUCAAUUCAGAGCUCUCAGGAAGAACUACCCAAAGGUUGUGUUGAAACAGAUGGUUCAUGUGCUGAAGAGAAGCCAUUGGUAUCAGCAGAUCAAGGGUCAGAUGGUUUAUCAUCAAAACAUAUGGCAAAGUCGGUUGAAGUACAAGAUCUCAUCUUGAGGACACCAGGUAACAUUGAUCACCCUGAGCAGGAGACAAGUGUUGAGUUAAGCAAAGAAAGCAAUCCUGAUGUUCAGUGUGCCACUGAUCCUGCAAGAAAUGAAGCAAUACCUACUCAAGUGCCCGUAACAGAUUCUGCAAUUUCUGGAGAUUCCUCUUCGAAGGGCACAUCUGAAUCAAGUUCUGCUGUUGUAGCUCAUCUUGAGGAAACUAUUUUGGCAGUGAAUCAGGCAGGUGAGGUUGCAAGUGUGGAAGUUGCUAAACUUAGUGAUGAUGAGCAGCUGAAAGACGUGCCAGUCUCGUGCUCUUCACCAGCAGUGCCUCCUAAUAGUUCCAGUGUACAGGUAGCCUCUUCACAGCCAUCUGCAUCAUCAAGCUUUCCAGUUGUUGCUUCAGCAAAACAAGAUCAAGUACUGGAUUCCAAUGUUGACAGCAAAUCACUUUCUGAAGAAGUUGAAAAUAGUAAUUGUGGACAGAACUCUGAAGAUGGAGUCUGUGUGGAGUACGAAGAAGGCUCAAGUGUCCUGUCCAUGGCUGGCGAGGCUGCAGCUGGCACCGACUUAGAAGGUGGUCAAGAAGCUACUGCUGACUCACUGGACAGUCCUGGCCGCAUUGACAUUGGCUCUGAUCAUGAGGACUUCGAUGAGGAACUUGAAUUGCAUCCACGAUUAGACAGGGAUGAUCUUGAUAAUGACAGUGGCAUUAAUGAAGGCAUACGUGGCUUGGAAGAUGAACUGGAGGAUGGUCUUGACGAGGAGGAAGAAGACGAGGAUUGUCUCAAAGGAGAGCGGCAGCAAGGUGAUGGCCAGGAAAGUGUCGAUCCCUCUGACCUCCAAGAUAAAGUUUUGGACUUUGAUGAAGACAAGCGCAACCCUCAGUACAUCCCCAAGAAAGGUGCAUUUUACCAACAUGAUGACCGCAUGGUGGGAGAUGAAGAUGCAUCUGAAGUUCCAGAAGAAAAAAAUGAAGAUGACAAGGGCUCUCGUCGGCAGAAGAAGCUUUGGCAUGAUGAAGGUGUUUGGGGCCAUGACAUGUACCGCGAGGAGGAGCAGGGUCCUAAAACAAGUGACGAGCUUGUGAGCAUCUAUGGCUAUGAUAUUCGUACAGAAACGAUGCCUCCUAGAGCUCGGAGACGGCGACGUUAUGGCCGUGGCCCCAACAAGUACCAGCGUAACUGGGAAGAUGAAGAGGCUUACACCCCUCGGUCAGGGUCAGGACGUGGUGGAGGAUUACGUGGUGGUCGCAGGACCAGAGGUGGGGGCCACAUCGGGAACCCUCCAUUCCGUGAUGAGGACUUCCCCGAUCUGAACUCCAAGCCUUCGAAUCCGGAGAAUUCUGCUACUGUGGAACUGGACCGGACAGAAGUAAAGUCACCAGCCAGACCUACAGGGUUCAGAGGUUCCAGCUCGCCAGGAAGCAGCAGUUCUCAACAGGAAGAAUGGGACCACACAGUCAAGGGCUCCGGAAUGGCCCACCGGGGUUGGGGCAAGCGUCCUUCUCAACCUCCCAGGAGAGUACCAGAUGCGCUGCCAAGGGACAGUGACAAGGACAGUGAAGUCAAGGAAAACGCAUCAUCGGGGCAUCGUACCAACAGGCCUGCGCCACGAUCACCAGUGAAGUCAAAUGAAGUGCCCCGCAUUCCACCUUCCACUGGCAAAAGCCGAGCUAUGCGGCACCUGCUGACUGAGCAUGAACGAAGCAAAAAGGACUUUGAGACACUCGAGAAAUUUGCUGCGACAGUGGAGCUUCAGGACGGUGAUGCAGCAGAUUUGAAGAGGAGCACAGCAGCUACAGUGGCUCCAAGAGGAGGACCGGUUGGAAGCACAGAAUCUGCAGCCAAACCAAGGCGUUACUCUUCAUUGCGUCAACGGCCCCUUGUAGAGGCUGCCCCCUAUGCUGAAACGGCCGUGGUUGCUCCCCAGCUGCCUAGUACACAGGCCCCACUACCAGCGCCGAAUCAGCCACAGCCAGCUAUUUUGACUGCAGCACAUUUCCAGGGGCCAUAUGCACCAUAUCCUGAUGGCUACAUGCUUCCACCUGGACAAGCACCUGCUGUGAUGCCCACUCCAAGUCAGCCGCCACCGCCUCCUGUUAUGGCACCACCUGCCCCAUUGACGAGCUCUUUCUUACCCCCGCCAGCGGGAAUUGUCAGCUUUCCUCCUCAGUACCCACCACCCUACACCUUUCCAACACAGUAUGCUGCACCUGCCCCGGCUGCUGCACCUCCGACGCAGACACAAGCCCAGAAGCCACCUUACUACCAUGGGGACAUAAUCUAUUACAACACUCAAAGCCAGCAGCACAAGCAGCGGCCCACCCCUCCUCGAAGGCCCAAAGCAGCUAUCCCUAUUGUGCCUCCCCCAGGUUCCCAAGGCACAGUUCAGGAGAGUGCUCCUGAGCCAGAUGGUUCGGGAUCUCAUCAAAGCAAGUCAGAUGAAGACCUUGAUGAUAAGGGAGUUACUGGCACAGAACCAGCUCUCAAGGAAGGCCCGACAGCACAGCAAGCAGUUGGAGGAUUGUAGCAUAGCCCUUGUCAUUCUUAUCCUCAAGUGCCACACUACUGCAGUUUGUUCUUUGUGCACAGCUUCCUGGAAGUGCUCUGCUUCUGUGUCAUUAGACACUUGUCAUACUUUUAUCUCAGUUCACUGAGGUCUUUUUAAAAGAGAUGCCAUUAAUGCCAUUACAGAGCAGAGAUCUGUUUGCAAUACGUGAUAUGCACUUUUGUGGAUAAAGAAGCAAGGUUUUUCUAGUUCUUGUAGAGAAAUAAUGUUUUAUUCAUUACUUGGUAAAUAGCAGCUUGGCAACUGCCAUAGUUAAAAAGAAAGAUUAAUGUAGAGGCUUUUAAUGAAUGGCAUUAAGUUUGUUCCUGUUAUGCAGAUUAUUGCAUUGAAAAGGUAGCAGUUGCACAUAAUUGUGAGUCUGUGUAAGUGUGAGCAAGAUGCCAAAUUGUGGUGUACUUGACUCUUUCCUUGCCACAGCAGAAGGUGCCUUAAGUUAAAUUUAUUAUUUGAAGAAAUGCUAUUUGCAGGGUAUCCCAUUAUAUGGCUUGAGUAAUGUAGCUUGGUGCAUUGGUACGUUUAACUCGAGUGGAAUCCAUUAAAAUUAAGACUAAAACAAAGGAACAAUCAAAUGGAACAAGUACCUGUGCAUAACUGAAUGUUUAUUGAAAAGAAAGCAGUCUCCGAAGAAAACGGGGCAUGCAGAGGCGUCAAAAACCUCAAGCAAUAGCUCAGGCAUUAUCAGAAUUUGGAGUCUCAUGGAUAACAGUACAUUCACACAUUCAAUUUAAAAUUUUUCAUUAUCUGUUGCUCUGAUUUCCCACCGCUCUUAGUUUUGCCUUCACCUGCACUGGACCUUUUCAGAAACAUGCAGUGCCGUGCUCUUCCCUAGUGGUGUCGUUUGGUGAGAGGGUGCGCUGGGCAGCUGCUGUUUAUGCAACUGCAAACGCAUCCUGCAGAUCUCUUUUCUCAAAGUUUUUACUUUGUUUAGUGAUUGGCAGUUGCUGGGUGGAAGUGUGCAUACUGCUGAACUUUCAGCAUGCCACAUAAGAAAAUAUGUGUGUGUAUGAAUGUGCUGUGCACAUGCUGCAAGAACAACAUGCUGGAAGAUAGUGGUGUCUCAUUAUCACUAUGAACAGAUGUUGACUUGGCAAGUUGUUUGGGCUUCAUCUUUUGGCGCACAAUCAUUAAACUUCAGGAAUUGGACAUUAUUGCAUUCCUGUGCUUUUAAGACAUGAAAAUGAGUAAAUUAGACUUUGUCAUGUGCAUGUCAUAGAGGAAAAUGCAUGAGGGAGGCCAUCUAUGCGAUAAACAAUCACCUUCUAUCAAUGCUGCCUCCUUUAAUAGUUUUCAGUUGCAUUAAGGUUCUGCAACUGCAGACUGCUAUUAGAUUCAGCUGUGGUACAUGCUAGGUAGUUGUGACGAUAGUGAAUAAGGCAGAGAAGCUUGAUUUGGAGCCAGUACUUUGCAAACAACACUCGCUGAGGUCAUCGGCAUACUCUAGUAUCGGCAGUGUGAGUGGGUGUUGGCAGCUUAUGUGUCAUUGUUUACACAUCAGUCUAGUGACACCAGAGCAGCGCACGUAACUAGUGUAGACUCUCCAAAGCAUUCUCGCCACAAUUUCAUUUGUGCACUGCGGAAAGCCAGCCCAUGUGUCGUGGCAUGCAUGAUAUUGUGCAGAGUUUGCACAGCUAAUAAAAGCAACGGCACAAUUGCAAGCAUAGUAUGCAGCUCUGCAUCAUAAGAAGGGUGGAAAAGGACACUGGGCAUAUCCAGCAUUAGCAGCAACUUAUGCACAUGGUUAACACAUUCUUUUUUCUUUAACUUCUUUUCUCGAGACGGAGAUGAUAGCUGUACAUUGUAUUGAUGCAUGUGUGUGCCCAUGCGUAUAUAUUGUCACUGUUGCAAACUUCUUUUUAUACAUGUAUCUGUAAGAUGCCAAUGCAACAUGCACAAAAGCAAAUCCACAGGCACUCAGCAAAAACUUAAACAAUCCCAUUAACAAACAGUGCAACAGUGUUGCUGAUAUGACUUUUCGAGUGUUGCAGCAUGAUGACUGAAUACUUUCACAUCUGUGAAAAAAUCCAGGACUGCAGUGUGCUUGCUGACUUGGAACAGCAGAAAAAAGGAAUGCCUGUGCCUGCUGCAAGGACCAUGCAAACACAUUGUGGUAGCAGAUGACAGCAGAGCCGAUGAGCUUUCAUUCGGGCUCCUUGGUGUCGGCUUCUAGGGGCACACACAACUUUCUGAAAAGGUCCAUUGACGCAUCAAUACAAAAUGGCUGGUGCAUGCAAUUGCAACCGUGAAAUGGGAAGUGUCCUUCUGUACACCUGUCUGCCCUUCCUGUUUGGUUCUCUCCUUUGUCUUGGUUAUCAUUUUGCUAGAUUCCACUGAAGGCCAAGCCUGCCCACUUCAUGUCAAUUGGAUGGCCAUUUUUCACCCAUAUUCCCCCUUCGCAGGAAGUGAAUGGUGCUGUAGGCUUUUGCUGCCCUUUAUUUAACCUUGGCAGCAAAGUUCGUGCAUUAUCUCUGCGGUCUCCUUGAGAUUAGUUCUCAAUAUCAGAUCUUGAAGACCAUGCUUAUGGUAACACAGUAGGCAGCUGGCCAUUUCACUGGCUUGGAUUAGUGUGGCGUUAGGCAGCAUACAUUCUUAGUUUGUGGUAGCUCACGCCCUGAAAUGAUUGAAACACAACAGCUCCAGGAGAGAACAAGUGUGCUGUAAUGCAAGAUUUCAUGUUCUGUGCUACAUGUAGCAGAAUAUUGCUUUGACGCCUUCUCAAAGCAGCAUUAUGUGCAGAUCAAGAACAUUCUUAUGUUCAAAGUGUUUCAUUGCCCCUUUAAAUGAAAAAUCGGGCUGUUCACACAGGCAGAUCUUAAUGCAGAAGUGAUUGGAUGAUGAUGCUUGCUGCAAGCUGCCAAAUCAGUGCUUAAUGCAUUCAGAAAACCAUAGGUGGAAUUUAUCCUUAGCUGUGGAAAGAAAAAGGUUAAGCUUCUUGUGUGCUUAGUAAAAGUUGUUACUGUGCUAUUUGCUUUCUAUUGCCACCUUUUGAAACCAAGGGAAAGUCAGUUCUUGGUGUUAACAGAUAUGCCUUUGUCUUGAGUGAGUGCAUUGUUAAAACAUAACUUAGUGAGCAUUUGCUAUGUUUGGCACCUCUGCACUACAAUGCCUUAGUGGGAAUGGUAAUACUUGUAUUCAUGAAAAUUUAUAUGUAACAAAAUCAGAGCUACCACAGGAAAUGGAUUUCUUGCUCUGCACGUUUUAACCCUUUUGCUACCAUGAGAAAGUUUUAAAAUUGUACAGGAUUUAUUGGUGGCUUUUUUUAUUGGUACCUAGAGAUUUUUUUGUACUUGUAAAAUCAGCAUUGUGCCAUCUUUAAAUGCACUUCGCUCUCUCUCUCUCUCUCUCUCUCUCUUGUCAUCACCCCAAGAGAAGAUAAAUGUUAGGUUGGACAUUUAUGCACUGUGUUACACUCGUGUUUUAUUUUGGUAGUGUCCAUCAUGUUGUUAUAAAUGAAUUCAGAUUGCUCUGACUCGCUAGGCGUGGGAAGGUGCUUCACUUGCUGCAGGGUUUGAAGAAUGGAAAAUGUUUUUGGCAUGUUGGGUAUGUCAGCUGAAAACCGCCUUAUUGGCAGCAUCCAGCCAGCACACAAAAUGCUAUCAAAUGGAACCCCUGCCACCACCUCACAUCAACAACUGCAAUUAGAAGCAUGUUGACAAAAUCAGCAACUUAUUGGCUUAUUGGUAAAACUUAUGUGAUAAGUGGGCAUUGAGAAGUGGUAUGAAAAGGGCUAAAAAGUGUGUACUGUUACCUCACAUCAGAACUAUAUAUGCCUAUUACCUGUCUAUACAUAGAUUUACAGUCUUUAUUCGUGCUUGAAGAAUCUUUAAAUUUCAUUUUCUGCUAUGCUUAGCAAAUCUUGUUUGGACAUCUGGAUGCAAUCCAAAGAUCAAGCUAGUUCAGUACUUUUAUCAGCUUUGUGGUGGUGUCAUGGCUGGUAGUAAUUCACAUGCUACACGUUUUUGUUGUACCUUCUUCUUUAUGUGAAACUAAAAAAAGCCAGCAUUCUUAUCUUCAAGCUAUGAAGCAUAAUGUUACUUUAAAUCUUGUUCAUUUAGUGGCUAUGGUGUUGGGCUGCUUAGCACGAGGUCGCGGGAUCGAAUCCUGGCCACGGGCGGCCGCAUUUCGAUGGGGGCGAAAUGCGAAAACACCUGUUUAUUUAGAUUUAGGUGCACAUUAAAGAAGCCCAGGUGGUCGAAAUUUCCGGCGUCCUCCACUACGGCGUGCCUCAUAAUCAGAAAGUGGUUUUGGCACGUAAAACCCCAUAAUUUUUAAAUCUUGUUCAUUUGCUGUCUCGGCCUUAAAAGCCCUUGAUCCCCUCUCUUCCCCACUCCAAACUGCUGUAAGCCCUGUUUCAAUGUUUAAUGUUUUAUGUCAUUUAGUGAUGGUCAAAAGCAACACCAAGAAAUGUGACAAAUGGUUGCCUCAAAGAAAAGUAAAGCUGUUAGAGCAACUAGAUGUGAUAGAGAAUGUCUGCUCCAAAUGUUGUUGAAAUUUCCACCUCAGAGAACUAUUGAGAGCCAGCACAAUGUAACUUAAAGGGUAUGUUUAGCAUGUUGAGAAUGAUGUGUAGGCAGUUAGAAAUGGAAUGGAAUGAAGUGCAAGAGUGUGAACGUGUUCUAGUUGGUUCACCAACACUGAAAAAACUGCGUAAACUACAGGACCGCAGGAAGACAAAGCAAUACAGUUUUUGUGUUGUUGAUCGAUACAAUGAAGUGCAUUAUGAGAAAUUUUCAAAUUUUUCUUAGAUGUGCUUUGGAGCUCAAUGGAAUAUCCAACACUGCAUUUUUUCAGAACCAUCUAUUGUAUGAAGAUGAGAUUUAUUAGGAAUAGAGUAUUUGGGGGGAACGUGCCAGAGAAACUUAAGUGUUGUAUUUGAUUUUCUCCAUUAUACCCUAUGCACUUACAAAGAUAGUGCACAUUUAAUUCUAGUUUCGUCUUGAUUUGCAUAAUUCAGAAUUCGCAAACAUUUUAGUCUCCAGGGUGAUUCCACGAGAGAUAGAACAUGCGUGUCUGCGUGAUAUAUUUUAUUGUAUUUUUUUUUGUCAUGUAGGAAUAUUCAAACUGCACGGAACUGAAAAUAUUAUUCCCGAAAAGCGUUUCCAGCAAGCCCCAAAAAAUAUUUGAAGGUGGCGGUGUGAGCGCCCUUCUAUUACUUACCACAAUAUUUUCCAAUUUUGCAACCGAAAUGCAAACCAAAAACGUUGUGUUGAAAAACUUUUCUGUCCAUUUUAAUACACUUCACAGUAAAUUAGUUCCAUGUGUUUUUGAUGCUCUCCACAAAGGAAAGAAAUGUAAAAAAAUUCGAAACAUGGCUCAAAUAAAAAAAAAAUAUUUUUGUAACUUUGAUGUCUUGGCGCAUUUUCUAAUUUACACAGAAACUUUAAAAAUGUGUCAGACAUAGAACAUUCUCUUUGGAACAUUAAGCAAAAUAUAAUUUUCCUACAUGAAACACAAGAGAAGAAAAAAUAAUUAAAUAAAGAAGUGUAAGAAAACUCAUUUUCAAAAAAUAAAAUAAAAAAAGUUCAGUUUCUAAAUUUUGAAAAAAUUUUGGAUAGAAGUCUGCUUAUGUUGGGCAAAAUUUGAGUUUGAUAUGCUUCAUUUGCUUUAUUCACAAAAUAUAACUGGCCAAAGUGGCCCAUGUUGAGCAUGCUGGCUUUAGUACCACAGUGACUCGUUCCAGUUUAACAUUUACUCUCUCUUAAAGACAAAAGGCAGGUUGCCACAAAUGAAGGAAGGUUUACCUGGGUUUUUUAUUGUGGCAAGAACAGAGAACAUGUUUUUGCUUUGUUUUCUGGGGCACAAGAGAAAAAACUCAACGCAACUUGUGAUGCUCGAACAAAUUAAUUGCGCGUACUUUGCAGUUAGUAUAAAAGGAUCUAAUCACUGUCAGCUGGCUAGCAGCAGUUCUCACAAUGGACAGUGCAUGUCUGCUUGACAGAUUGCAGGCACACAUCCACACAUGCCAUGACUACCACUCCACUGACUUCCGCUGAUGAUGCUCCUUGAUGGCUGCAGCAGGCGCAUGAAGCAGGGCCCCAUUCUUGAGGUUGCCGCUGAGUUGGGAGACCAUCUCAUGUGCAGACUGAAUGGAGGCUGCGCUUCCAGACCUCAGGUUGUGCAGGGAAGCUUGGUGCUUAAGGAGUCCGCCCACACCGUCACAGGCAUUCUUCCCUUGCCCAGUAGCGGAAGAUAUCCACCUCGUAGAUGUAUACUUGGAAUGGCACAACUCGUACAGUUGUUACUUAUUUUUAAAAUUGCUCGCUGCACCAUUGCUGGCGUAUGUUAUAUGACAGUGGACGGGUGCUUUUUCAUCUAACGCUUCGUGCACUCUACCUAGGGCGUAGCAGACGUGCACUGCGUCGUGAUGCAUGUUGUCACUUAUGAGAGCAAAGCUUUGUGUUGCUUUACUUAUUGUAGCGACACAUGUGAAAAUGGAUAUUUGUUUCCUGUGCAAAUGAUACGAUUGUUUUAGUUGAGAGAAGGACUGUCCAGUUUUCCACAAUAUCAAAAUGCAGAACAAUGCUUCCAUGCUGCUCGCACUUCUUUGCCUCAUGAAAAGCCUCGGCUUGAGUGCAGCAUAUGUAUUCGUGAGGAAUCCAUUUGGUCACGCAUUUGCUGAGCUCUUUCACAAAAAGGGUUGGAGACAUCUUCUUGAUCAAGUCACCGCUUUCCCAAACAGCAAAUGUGACCUUGUCCUCGUUGACCAUUCCCAGACUAGCCAAAAUGAGGCUUUCACUCCAUGGGCAACGCUUACAUUCACCUAACAUACAAUCUUUGGUCUGGGAGCCGCAAAGGCACAAUGCUUUCAUGCAUUUUAAUGAGAUUUCCAUACUGGUUAAAUUCUCAGGCGUGGAGACAAAGGCUGGCAUAAGCGCAGUAAAUGCAAACACAAACCGCUUGCUGUGGUGCAAGCAGCACCUAUUUUGAAUGCAUACUGUAAAACUUUGACAGGGCUAUGGAACUUUCUGGGUGAGCUGCUUUGAACAUCUGGAACGUCUCACGGAUAGAAUGUGUCAUAAACCACUUUGAGACGUACUCUCUGGCCGUUCACGAUGACUUACACAUUGCUAUUCUUGUUCGGGCUCUGCCGAGAGCACCCAAGUUCAUCCUUAGUGAAGUAGUUGAGCGCAGCUUGUACAUUCGAUGGGCUUAACCUUGACCUCGUGUAUAGUCAAAAUCUGACCACAUGCUAUGCUUCUCGUGCCAAUUUUGGGCCUUUCCGAGCAUACACGUUCUGGCAGUUGGGAUUGCCUCUUGAACUCGUUUGUUUUUAACUUCUGGUUACAUGAUGGUUAAGAGACUGAUAUGCUCUGGAUAGGACCUUGAACUCUCGUACGCUUGCUUGAACCUAUUUAACCAGCUAGCGCAUGCACGACAUUCUGUGAGACGGUUCAGGUGUACUGAUGCUUUUGUAUGCAGCGCUUAAAGUUGAGUAUAUAUUCGUUGCCAUGACGCUUUCAACCGAGGCCCGUUUUCUCUUUCCGCAAGAUCAUCUGCUGCGUUUGUGAAUGGAAGGUGGUGGCUUCAAUGGUGAAACAUAAGAAGAAAUGUGGACGUACCUGUUCAAGUCUUCAAUUGCUUAACUGCGAGUCGGCCUAGUUGGAACAGAUUCAUCUUAAAACCUUUUGUGCGCAAACACAGGGACGAAGAAUAGAAGAAACACAAGGACGAGCGCUUGCUUCUUCUUCUGAAGGAAUGCCUUGUCUGCUUCGUCGCCAGUGCCACUAGAUGAAGACAGGAUUUCCUUGAGGCGCGUAAAGCUGUGCUGGCAAACCUCGCUGGUGUCGCGAAUAACCUCAGCCUCUCGCAGCAGCUUCUGCAGGGAGGCAACAUCCAGAACAUUUUUGUAACGAAACGUUUUUUGUUUUUUGCAAUCUUUUUCUGAACUCGUAAAUAAUCGGCACAGAAUACUGAAACCGAGCUGUGAGCCACAUGCAUUGUGUGUAUACUGAACAGCACGGCACUCUUUCUGUCGCUUCUUCUGCACCGCUGUCAUGACUCGGCCUUCAGAAUGUCUCACAGUUUCAUGUUUUAUGAACGACGCCGGCUAAAGCUUUUCACUGUGAAAACGUACGGACUGCACUCGUUAUCAAAGGGCAAUGUUCUUCUGGCACCACCAGUUACCUCUGCUGUUCUUGGCGUGGGAAAGUGCGUCAGCAAGGUGCUGACAAAACAUAAAUUAGGCAACCUUGGCAGCCUUUGGCCCAGUCAUGCCGCACUGCACUUUUUCGGGCAGCUGGAACACAGAGGUUAAGGUCGAGGUAAGACAGGAAGACUUUAUCUGUGAGCGACGCGGAAAACAUGUGGUAACGGAAAAUGAAAUAUACUGCUCGGGAAACGACUCGGAUAAAUUUUUACAAAGGCGCAGCGUGUCGCACGCGGUGGUGCCGAAGAAGGUUCCAUCCAAUAUCCAUUGCAUGUGGGGGAUGGGGAGCAAGCAAGGGAGUAGCACCUCCAUAAUGGCGCACCUGCUGAUUAUGGAAGCGCUCCCUUGCUUAUGAAUUAGCUUGCCUUGGUGCCGCAUACAGGUAAUUUACUAUGUGCACCAGGCUGGUUUUGGCAAGGUCAGCCACAACAUGCACUCGUGGCAUCUCGCAUGCUGUUGACAAGCGAAUAAUGAAGGCAUAAGUGUGAUGCCCACAGAGGUUGUCGGCUGCAAACUCUGUACGCAUUAGCACUUAAGAGGGUGGCAGCCCCCCACCCCGGCAUAGGCUAGACACAAAUAAAAUCUGACAAUACCCUUUUGUUGAAAACCAGCUGCUAGAGCUAAGUUCUGAAGCAGCAAAGAAAUUAGAACUAGAUAUGCGAGAGUGCAAACUGAUAGACAACCAGCAAAGGUACGGAAGCCAGCACGCUCAACAUGGGCCACUUUGGUCCAUUAUAUUUUGUGAAUAAAGCAAAUGAGGAAACAUAUUAUUGCACCCACGUUUUGCAUGACACAAGUGGACUUCCAUGCAACUUUUUUUUUUUAAAUUGGAAGCACAGUUAUUUAAUCUUAUUUUAAAAAAAUUGAGUUCUUUGAAAAAAACGUUUAAGUAUUUUUUUCUUUCGUGUUUCAUGUAGGAAGAUGAUAUUUUGCAUAAAUGUUACAAAAAAAAAACAUUCCAGGUUUGACACUUGUUUCAAGUUUCUGUGUGAAAGAAAACGCGCCAAGACAUAUCGAAGUUGCAAAAUUUUUUUUAUUUGGACCAUGUUUGGAAUUUUUUUACACAGCAUUAAAAAACACAUGGAAUUAAUGUACUGUAAAGUGUAUUAUAAUGAGCAGAAAAGUUUUUCGACACAACGUUUUUAGUUUGCAUUUAAUUUGGCUGCGAAAUCGGAAGAUAUUGUGGUAUAGGGGAGGCUUGCACUGCCACCUUCAAAUAUUUUUUUGGCUUGCUGGGAACGCUUUUCGGGCAGUAAUAUUUUCGGUUCCGUGUAGUUUGAAUAUUACUACAUGACAUAAAAAAUAAAAACGGACAAAACAAAAAUAUCAAGCGGACAUGCAUGUUUGAUCUCUUGUGGAAUCGCCCUCCAGUAAGCACUGAGAGCCCCAAUCAGCAAAAGUAUGUAUGAAAUAAAAAAAAAAAAAAAACUAUGAGAUGUUGGUAUUUUUACUAAUUAGGGUUCUCAGUGCUUGCUGGGGAGUACAAUGUUUGGAAAUUCUGAAUUAUGCAAAUCUAGGUGAAACUUUAUAAUUAAAUGUGUAUGAUCGUUUAAGUGCAUUGGGCAUAAUGGAGGAAAUUUCCAAAGGGCUGUCAGUUAUUACAAUGCCAGUUUGAAUAGUGAAAUAAAUUUGAGAAUUGUUGCUGUUGGCCAAAGCAUUUCUGCUUGAAAUUUUACACGAAUAUAAGGGCAACCUUCCACUCUUAUAUUCAACCAUUGAAAGCACCUUUCUAUGUUCAUAAGUGUUAAUUUGAGAGUGGUAACUAAGCAAUUGUACAUUCAAUGCUGCCAGUACGACUGUUUUAGCUGUGUGUGGCACACUGGGGCAGUGAAAAAGGGCAUGAGGGCUGUUGAGAAGCUCCAUAGGGGCAUGAAGUUUCAAUUUCUGGGUAAAUGCUCUGAGGUUAUAACCUAGUACGCCAAUUGCCUAGGCCUCUUUGACAUGGAGAAUCCUCCAUCAUCUGCAGCCACCCCACCUCACAAUUUUUAUGCCUUCUUUUCUCUCUGCUCUCUUCUUCCUAAGCCUGCACAUACACACAAUUUAACCUCAGUAGAACAAACUACAGUUAAGUAAAACCCACGACAAAAUUUUUUCAUUCCUAAUUUUAGAUAAUUGAGCACCAUUAUUUAGUGAAAAAAUUUUGUCCUGGAGUUUCAGUUCAACAAAUUCUGCAUGCAUUGCAUGCAUGUACCUGGAGCACCUGUGGCAAGUAGGAUAUGUCGCUCAAUACAUGAUUCAUAAUUUAAUGUGUCCUCUAGCAUGCAGAAAAAUCGACAGGGUGGCAAACACCUGAGCAAGUUUCCCACCUCCUCAUCCUGUUCAUUGUCUUUAGCACUUCUGCACAUGCGCCAAACAAAUCUCUUCCAUGUAGCAUCAAAACAGAUGCAUUAAGGUUCAGACUAUGACACGCUUUGAUUAGAGGGAACCCAAAUCAAGCAACUUCGUUAAAAUUGGGCUUGCUUUAUUUAUGCAUUUACUGAGAAUGUUUACCUUGUCGUAACUUCAUUUUAAGCUAAACCGUUCACUGGAAGUUAACAUAUUUGUUGUUUUGUUUAUAUCUUCCACUGGGGGUUCCAAUUAAAAGGGUGUGUGUGGAGGGAGAGCGAGGGAGAGGUGUUAGAGCUUGCGUGCUGAAUGAGACCACUGUCAAUGAGAGAACAAUGAAUAUUGAAAUUGCAGCAGCAACCUCCUUGCUAAAAUAGAAUAAAUCGUGUAGCACAUCACCCCUAGAUGUAAGCCGUAUUGUACGUUCUUUUGUUCGGGAAGAAAAAAAGAUUCUGCACUUUGCGUAUGUGACAAAAAACACUUCCUUAUUGAACCACCAAGGACCAUAAUUAAAAUUGUGGGAAGGGUUCCAGUAACUAUUUUAUUUGUAUCUUUUCAUUAAAAUAGGAAUGUGAGGCAUCUGUUUUAACUCUCCGUCCAUACUUUUUGUUUUCUGCAUUAGUAGACUAACACAGUCGACACUCUAUGUAACAAAUAAAUGCACUCAGUGGGACAAGGAUGCAUAUCUGAAUGAUGCAGCACAUCUGUGCUGAAUUGUGCCGAUGAUGUACAUGUUUGUAAACAUAGCACAGUCAUUAUAUGCACAAAGACAUUUCUUGCUUUGAAAUGUCAUAUCUUUAUUGGGCCUGCUUUUUGGUGGGUUGAAGACUGUCAUUGUCCUGAGGGUGAUCACUGACAUGAACGUGAUAGUUUGUGCAUAAAUGCUUGUGCUUGCACUAAUUUACAGGAAUUUCAACCUAGUGCAGUUGCUGUCUCAUUAAAAUGAAAGUAAAAUAUGUUUGUUUUUGAAGAGGAAGUUCAGAAUAAAUGACUGAGCUUCUCGCUUGUCCAUCUUCGUUUAGCAGCUAGGCAAAUGAGCCUAGCCAUUGCUAGGAACACCUGGCUUGUCCGUUCAGAUCAAAGCAGAUUUCACAAAAAGCAGUGUGAGAGCUAAUGCUUGGCACACUCGAGAAAGUACCACUGUAAGACACUGUAUUUUAACUUCCAUCUUUGCUGGAUAUCACAUGAAUUUGCUCAAGUCUAGAUUACUGCUAGUGACCACCAAGGCACUUGUACCACCUUCUGUAUGAUUUCCAAGUUCGUCAUGCUCAUAGCCAGAGAGUAUACAAUGUGCCAAUAUGAAAGGGAACACCAGAUUUCUGUUUAAAACUAGUGACUUUUCUUGUUCCUGCACUGAAAUAAGUUCCAUAGAGUGGAAUUAUUUGGUGUGAGAAACUACAUGCUAAAUAGCAUUGACUGAGGCAUGCACUUACGUGUUUACAUGAAUAGCUAUUUAAAAACAGAUUGUUUCCUUUCAUAGUGGUGCAGUGUGCACAUGUAGCCAUGCAACAUAUCUAUGGUUGCCAGCAAUAGUUUAACCCUAGAGCAUACACUAUAGAGCCUGCUACUCUCAAAAAGCAGACCACUUCUGGGAAGUGACAGUAGCAACCACAGUACCAUUACGGGGCUGUGUGUCCUCUCUGGCUAUGAGCAUACCAACUUGACUGAUAUUUCUAGUUGUAAGUUUGCAAUUCCAAUGCACUAGUUCUCAUUGUUUAUUGCUUGUCAAGGUGGCUAGCCAAACCACCUUGCAGAUAAUGCAGUAUUUGGAUGAGUGGCUUCUGUGACAGUUUUAUAAGCUAUAUGCAGUUGUAAAACAUGCUGCAGUGGAAAAUAUGUUGUCUUCGAAUAUGGUGCUCUAAAGUGACAAAGUUGACAGGUUGCACUUAAGGAAACCAUUUCAAGUGAAACAUUGUUAGUCCUAAAAGCUUAUUUUCCCCACUUUCAUAUUGCAUCCCAGUCCUUAAUAGAAAUUGUCAAAAAUUUAGUUUGUCAUGGCCCCUUUGAGAGCAUUUAAGACAAAGUUGCUAUGGGAAUUGUAACUUGUCAUUUCAUGGUCUGAUAUUCUUGCCAUUUUGACAGCACUGCCAUGUUUGCUUCCAUGCCUCUGGCUCUUGUCUAUUGUUACUGUGUUUUUUAUACUGUGCUUGCUGUUUGUUUUGCAUGGUGAACUAAAAUAUAAAAUCCUGUAGUUGUAACCCUGGGCAUGGCCCAGAAUUGUCAGAAGACACAGCAUGUAGGUUGUGUCAUGCCAUGGUUGCCUUUGUUAACAGUACUAUGAUGCAGGGCAUGACAGUCAUAAUUUACAUUGUAAGAAGGGCAUCAAGAGCAUUUAAAAAAUUUUUUAACAUAGUUUCAGCAUUUUGUGUAACUUAAUAUUUCCAGAUUCGUCGAAUGUGUUUCUAAAUUUAGGGCCAAUAGGUGAUUCGAACUGUACUGUGGGUAUUAAAGUGCGUGCAACAAAGUGAUAGUGUUUAUGCAUGGGAUGUGCAUGAAGAAUGGCAAUUUUGGCAUUGAGUCAUUUCUUAGUUUGUGGGACAUACUUUAAGUUGCUUUAAGAUACGAACUAUGCACAUCAAGUUCUAAUUUGUCAUUUAUUGUGAGUAUUGGCCAUUUACCUAGCUGUGCUGUUUGCUAUCAUAAUUUUGCCGUGGCUAGAAGUCUGUGUUACUUUUUCUUGUAGAAGAAUUUUUGAGGACUCAUAUGUGCAGGUAAGAUCAUCCUUCACAACUUCGCAGUAUUUGAAGACACUUUUCUGCAGCAUAAUCAACCAUGGCAGCAGGCUCUGUUCUGUAAAAUGGGCUGUUAAAGUCCAGUCAUUCUACUUAAUGCUCUCGUUCUUUUUAGCUCAAAGAUACACACAAAAAGACUUCUUGCGUUUGCUGGUAUAUCUUAAAACUGGCAGGCUUUUCUAAAAUCUUGACCUAGUACUUAUUUACUGAUAAUUUACCAACUCUGCUGCCUUUCAGGUAGAUGAUAGCUCAUGCAACAUAUCCUAAUGAGAAUUUAUUGCUAAAUGAAUUUAUAAUGAACAAUUUGCAUUACUGUUCUAUAAUAGGCAGUAGCAGGAAUGUGUGUAUUUCAUGCUUCUGUGUGGCUGAGAACAUUCAGAACUUGACUUGUUUUCUGAUCCUUUCACACACCAGAAAUGUGCAUUGGAAAUGUGCAUUUGGUAAAUAAUAAACCUUCUGCUGGCAUUCUGGUUAUUCCGUUUUGGGAGUUUAAGAAAGCAACUUUCUUUUAAUGCCUGAUUCAUCACUAAAUAAAUGUUACUGAAUAUUUUUUAAAUAUAUAAGCAUUGUUCAUAUGGUUUCUGCCAGGCAGAUACCAGUUGCUACCCAGAUAUAUGAACUGUGAAAUUUUUUGUAAUGAUUACCUACCUGUGUAUGAGAAUUCUAAAUAGGGCUUCACAGGGUUGUAUUGCAGUGGAGGUUUUGGAUUAAAAUUGUCAUUGCAAAUGUGGAGAGUUACCAGACCUACACUAGUAAGGCAAUUUUAAAUCGGAACCUACAGUGUAAAUUUCUCAGCUUUAAGCCACAAGGGCUCCUCUUCAUAUGUGAUUUCCAUUCCUGUGCUUGGCCUAACUCAAGUGUAUACUUGUCGAACCAAAAUUUUUUAACAUUUUAUGAUGGUAAACUGGGGAUUGCAACCUUGUCUACCUCCAAAGUGAGGCCAUUUGGUGUCUUCCUGUCUGUAUGUUUGUCAGGCAUGUUUACUCUGUAACAGUGUUGUGUGCCUUGGAGUAUAGCUAGGUGUUAAAGCUACAGUGGGACGUUGCAGUUAAAUAUUUCAAAAGCUAGUGUUUUCUUUUUCGUUUUUUUUUUGUCUGAAGCUGUAAUUAUAGUACAGAGCAGUUUUAAAUGGCAAUGAUGGCAAUUGAAUGUACGACCAACUUUCUCUAUUGCUUCAGAGCUUGAUGGCCGAUUGUUGGCAUCCCAACUUUGUUACUACAGCUGCAAAGAGUUACCAAAUGUAACAAAUAUCUGUGGAUUGCUUUGUGCAAGCGCAUUUUUCUUCCCUGUGUGUUGUUAUGCUUGAUGGGUGGAAGCAGUUUGUAUGUGUGUAAUUUAUUCUUGUGCGAUUGAUUUUUCUGCAUCUUUCUUUUUAGUCUCUGUUCGUGUGUUAAGCAGCAUUUCAUAUUUGCAUGUGGAGCUAUCGACGUGACAAGUAGUUUUUUACCUUGUUGGUGUGGCAAGUAGUUUUAUACUUCACUUAAUAUUUUUAUCUUAUGUACAUAAUGGAUGUGUGUAGCAGCAGUAACUAUUAACAAUACUUUUAUGAAAGAUAUGACACCUAGAUUUUGCUAUGUAUUUCACAAUAAAAUUUUUGCUGUGUCAGAAGGUAAAUAAAAAUUCAUGGAUUA